CAUUCGACUGAGUCCUAUGAAACAUCUAGCUGGCAAUUUAUGUUUAUCGGUCAAAUUUAAUUGUCAUUCAUAUGCAACUCACAGUUGGAAGUUUGAUGGAUACAACUGUAUGAAGCCACUAGGAAUCAGUGAUGGUCGAAUUCCUAAUCAAUUCAUCACUUCAUCAUCUGUUCUCAAUUCCAAGUAUGAAGCAUUUUAUGGCAGACUAGAUCAGGGAAUAGAUCCAACUAAAAAUAUUGGCUGGGCUUGUCUUUGUAUGAAAAAUAGUAACAAUGAUGAGUGGAUUCAAAUUCAAACUGACAAAUUAAAAAUUGUUCAUGGAAUUAUAACUCAAGGUUCAGUUUAUGGGGACUAUUUUGUAAAAUCAUACAAAAUAGCUUAUUCUGAUGAUGGGCUGCAAUGGACCUUUGUGCAAAACAAUUUUGGAACAGAUAUGAUUUUUCCAGGUAAUACAGACUCAUCCACGAAAGUUGCUAACUAUUUGCCAAAAUCUAUUUUUGCCAAAUUUAUUCGACUGUAUCCAUUGAAAUAUAAAAACUAUAUUGUUCUUCGAAUGGAGUUAUUGGGCUGUUAUUUGGAAGAAUCCAUGAUGGCUACAUCGACAACAGAUAUGAGUUCUGCUUUCAAAAUGCAAAAAUGUAUAAAGCUGAAAAUGGAUAUGACUAUUGGAUUGUGAAAGGGGUAGAUUCAUCAGGUGUUGAAUGUGAAAAUAACAAUAGAGUUUGCAAGUUGGGUGGUGGAGGACUUGCAUAUCAAUUCAUUUCCACUUCUGGUCUUUCUCAGAAAAUCUUCCAGAACUUCAGCUCUUUCGUC